GAGCUACAAAAGUGUUUUCGGAGUCGCGUUCGUUGCCAGAGUCAUUUGAUUUUCACUUUUAACUGUUUGGAAGCGCGCGCGCGUUUGUUUAACCGUUACCAUUAGCCGUGCACGUUACGGUUUCCCUGCGAGAGUGUGCGUGUCGGCUGUAACUUACGACGGAUUAAUGCUAACAUCGCGCUGCAAUAAAGUGAAAGGGGCAACGGCAACUAAAGUAAACCAAAACCAUGACAAGCAACAAUUAGGCCGCUUAACGCUUUCGCAUUCGAGCGCCUCGAAACUCAUUGAAACAUUGAAGCAUCAAAGAACUAAGUAGAACUAGAACUAGCUUGUCAUCGCCUCGCACCACUGACCGGCUCCAGUUGCAAGCCAAGGCCGGCUGGCCAAAAAAAAAGAAAAAAACCCCAACCAAACGGCGGCUUUAACGCUUAUUUUCUUUUCGUUCAAACCACCAACAACAAAAUCGCAAUAAUGAAUUAUCAGAAGGCCAGUGAAACGCAUUCACCGUCCUCGUUCAAGAAGCCGAAACGGCCGACGGGCAACGGGAACGGGAACAGCAUACAAAACUUUUGGAACGAACGCAUCAUGGAGCGCUUUAUAAAGGCGAAUCUAUUCAUUAUUUGCUGUGUGGCGGCGGGCCUCUUGCUGAUAGUGUAUUUGGGCGCUUUCUCGUGUGAGGUCUCUUGGUUGCUUGAGGCGCAUGGAGAGCUGCCCAUUGCUGCCUAUACGCUGUGCACUCUCUACUUUGUGAUGUUUGUGGCCAGCACCAUCUUAAUCCAUGGCCUGGUCAGUGGUCUGUGCUGGCCACUGUUUGCCUGGUCGGCUGUUAUAGGACUGCUGUCCAUACCAGAACUGGUGCUAGUAAUGCUCAUGACCACCCAGCACUGGGGUUUGCAAUCGGUACAUGGAUUGACGGAGCUGACAUCCUACUUGAUUCGACUGAUUAUUAACUGCCUGGCGUUGAUCUGUGUCAUACCCACGGGCAUCAAGUGGCGUCGCGAGAGGCAGGUGCUUAAUCAACUGCAGGGAUUGGCCACACGACUUUCGUUGCAAACUCCUGCACCCAGUGUGCCCAUGACGAAAGCAGAUUCUCGUCGCUCCAGCCAGCGGCUAAAUGGCUUCGAGAAUGCCGGCUAUCAGUUGUGCGACGAGACAAAGAUGCCCCUGGGCAAUGGACUCAAUAAUGCGGGCGGCCAGUUGUUUGGCUCACAGAAUGAGUUCAAUGCCAGCAUGUUUGCUCCGGCACUGGCGCAACAGUUUAGCUCAGUUGCUCCGGGCCAGCGAUCGAGUGGUCAUCGCGCCCAGUCACUGAUGGAUCUGCGCUGCACGCUGCCGGGCAUGUAUAAUCCAAGGCAUGUGUUGGACACGGAGGACAAGAAUGCCAAGUAUUUUAACAUCACCAUUGAUGAUCUGAAGAACAAUCUGCAGGAUUCGCAUAGGCCGUCGCCGCCAUCGCUAAUAGGCAGCACUAGCAACGAUCCGAUCUACUGUUCCAUUGAGCCCAAGCAGCUAACUCCACCACCCGCCCAGCUGCGUCACCAUCAGCAGCAGCAACAGCAGCAGCUGCAACGUGGACACAAGCACGGGCCGCCGCAGAAGCUCUCGCGCAACUGCAUAUCACUGGAGAAUCUGGAUGGAGUCAAUAAGGUGCAGAAUGACCUGGCUGCCUAUGGCAACAAUCUGCUGCAGAAUUAUACGCAACAGCAGCAAUACUAUCUCGCCAUGCUCCUCAACAACCCCCUCCAGCAUCAGCAGGCGGCUGCUGUUGCGAAUCUCUAUCGUCGUCCCUCCGCCUGCAGUUCCCAGGGUAGCUGCACGGUGCUGGCGCAACCGCUGCAGCGACGUGGCUCCCAACAGCAGAUGCAGUACUACGGCGGAUUUGGAUACGCCAACUAUGCCAAUCCUUACAUCACAGCCAACAGUAAGUUGUCGCUGGGCAAUGAGUCCGAUGACUAUCGCAAGUACCGCGACGUGGCACUGUAGAGCGGAUCAUUCGCACCGACUUUAGAUUAAGCGCCCAGUCAUAACUCUAUAUAUAGUGCAUAUAUAUGUAUAUGCAUUCACAUACUCAUUAGCUGUAGAACGCUCGACUACCACAUUGACAUUCCUCGGAAUAACGACCAAAGAGCCACAAAACUAACUCAGUUUCAGUUCGUAAAGUUACAAAUUGAGGAAGCCGCACAGCUUGUAGAUUAGCUUUAGUUAUAGAUGUUAAAAAUUCUAGAUAUCGCCUACGAACUUCCCUUUCACAACGACAACGAUUUAGUUUACGAUUCCAAUUAACAUUAUCUUCUGAGGAAACACUUUGUAAUACCAGAAUAUAUUAUUAUUUAAUUAUAUUAUGUAAUUAAAACUUGUACUCAUUGAAUAAUUAAGUAAUUACUGCCCGAAAUUUAUAAUUACUGCCUGAAAUUUCGAAUUACUUAAUGGUCAGAUAACAAAAUUACUGAACUGUAAAGUAAUCAUUUCCUUACACAAUUAAUUUCAG